CUGAGCCCACAGUGUCUUAGCAGCAGUGGUUCGGUGCGUCGAGCAGAGAUGGAGGGAGAGCUGACCGGCUGCGAGCUCUUAUAAACAGGACAGUAGACCAGCAGCUGAACCCGGUGGGGAGUAACCAGCCAUGAUCGGUAUUGAAAAGUGAGCAUCCUCACAGCAGAACCAGGAUCGUCUGAGAAGCAUGAUGAAACCAGUCCUGUGUUGAGCCUCUCCUCUGUGGGUUGGCAUGGCCCAGUGAUGAACGGAGCGGUAGUGCCUGGUAGCCCGGAGCUCUCUUCCUCGUGCCCACUUCCAGACUGGCGAGAGUUUUGUGAGCUUCAUGCUCGAGCCUCUGCUGUAGACUUCGCUGACAAGUUCCAGCGUUUUCUGUCAGAGAACCCCUGCUACGACUCGCCUGGUGCUGAUGCCAGCUUUUCACAGCACUUUGCCCACCACUUCCUGGAGUGCUUCUCUGCUGCGCUAACCCAGGCAAAAGAGAACCAAGCAUCCUCACCAGGGGAGGAGGGGUCCAACUCAGCACCCAAAUAUAGUAUUGUUCCCUUCCUGGGAAUCCAAGGUUGCCCACUGUCCUACGGUCAGGAUCUCUACCAGAGGCGCAAGGACGCUGGGGCUUCAAGUGAAUCUCUGGACAGCAUGGACAGUGGUGGGGGAGGGAUAGAUGGAAGAGGCAGUGGCACUACUGCCUCCAGAGGCCCCCAAACGACCCACAAAGUGUCUGCUCUGGGACAGUCUCGCAGCUCGGAGGACGUUUCAGUCAGUCACCCAAAGGCUCGCUUCAAAAAAGGCUUUUCCCUGAGGAACAUGAGCCUGUGUGUGGUGGACGGGGUCAAAGAGAUGUGGCACAGACGGGCUUCUCCUGAGCCUGACACACCCUCUGGGACCAGGAGAGCAAACGGAGGAGGAGGAGGGGAGGCUGCAGGGGGAGAGAAGUGGUCUCAAAAGCUGCGGCUUCCCAGGGGUUCGCAGGGCCACAAGGCAGAGCUCCUGGAAAUCCAGAGGGAGGGAGCGCUGAGAUACAUGGUGGCCGAUGACACAAACUGUAUGGGUGCUGCACAGUGGCAAAAGUGCCGCCUCCUCCUGAGGAAGACGAAGAGGGAAGAAGGAGGGGAGAAGUUCCUGUUGGAGUUCUAUGUGCCACCCAAGUCCUCAAAGCCCAAAGUGAGCAUCCCUCUAUCAGCCAUUGUGGAGGUGAGGACCACCAUGCCACUAGAGAUGCCUGACAGGGACAACACCUUUGUUCUUAAGGUGGAAAACGGGGGUGAAUACAUCCUGGAAACCAUCGACUCGCUGCAGAAAAACUCAUGGGUUGCUGACAUCCAGGACUGCAUAGACCCAGGUGACAGCGGUGAUGACAUUGAGCUGGCGUCAUGUCCUCAUGGUCAGAUCUCCAAAGACUGCUCCAUAGUGGCCUCUUGCAGCUGUGAGCUGCUGUCUGAGGGUGUCUAUCGUGCUCCGGAGAGGUCGUGUCCUGCAGCAGCAGAGCAUUAUGGCGCCCCCUCAGUCCGUUGCAGGGAACCUCCUUUCACCCAGCACCCAUCCCACAUGCCUUUAGAGCGCUUCCUUCAGUCCCCAGAGGCCCAGAGCUCCAACUCUUCUGCAGGUGGUGGCGAAGGAGGGAAAGAACCAGACGGUGAUGCCAGCUUGGUGGGUUACCCAUGGUUUCAUGGCACACUAUCUCGUGUGCGAGCAGCUCAGCUGGUGCUUGCAGGCGGAGCCAGGAGCCAUGGACUCUUUGUGAUUCGUCAGAGCGAGACGCGUCCGGGCGAGUAUGUUCUCACCUUCAACUUCCAGGGCAAAGCCAAGCAUUUGCGUUUGUCAGUUAAUGAGAACGGGCAGUGCCAUGUCCACCACUUGUGGUUCCACACUGUAUCAGACAUGUUGAGACACUUCCACGCCCACCCCAUCCCUCUUGAAUCUGGAGGCUCAGCUGACAUCACACUGCGCUCCUAUGUGCAGGUGCAUCGAAGCUCCUCUACAGACGUGACCGUGCCUCCAGCCCUCACUCCUUCCAGGGAUGCAGCCUGCAGGACAGAGUCAGCCCUGCCAGCUCUUCAACCACCUGGAAUCACAGCGCCUGCAGGAUCUCCUUCUGAUGCCCCGCUUUCAUCAAGCACCUCUUCUUCACCCACUGCCCUUCCUUCCCUCUCCCGAAGUGACCCAGGUACUGGAGGAGGAGUAGGAGGAGGGUUACAGAGCCGAAGCAACAGCUCUGAACGUCUGCUGGAGGCCUCUAGUGGUUCAUCUGAGGAUUAUCAUGAAGCUGAUGGGACUCGCAGGGCCCGAGCUGUGGAAAACCAGUACUCUUUUUACUAAACAAACCAGAGCAGGGUUGAGUAAUUUACUUUCUGACAAAAGGAGGUGCAGGAAAUUUAAAGUGACAGGGUGCUCUGCGCAUGAGGAAAAUGGUCCAAAUCCCUGGAUCACAAAACUAUUUGUCAGUUUGUUUUUGUUUCUUCGAUUUGACAAGUAAGGGGAGAUGAUGCCAAGCAGUGUGUCCCUGCUAAAAUAAAAAAAAAAUCCCCAAAACUUCUUUUUUUUUUAAACCCAAAUGUCAUAGAUGCAAGUAAACUGAGACUCAAGGCAUUACAGAUAAAAAAAACAAACAAAACAACAGAGUUUAAGACGUACAAAGUUCUAUGGUGAACAUAACUGUAGGCAGAGAAAGCAAGAGGAAAUCAUCAUUGGAAUCACAUGGCUUUAAUUCACCUCUUCUGACCAUUUCCUGCUCAGCCUUAUCCACAGUUCCCUGGGAGCAGAGCCUGUGUCAUCACUCUGCCAGAGGACUGAGAGUUUGAAAUGACCCUGAAGAAACAGUCUCUUCCUUUAGAAUUCCCAAGAACAUCCCGUUAAUGUUUUUAAAGCUGCUUUGAAUCUGUCCCGGAUAUCCUCACUGUCCCUAUGGGUUUUCCCUACAAAACCCUGUUCUGGGUUUUUCCUUUACACUAACAUCAGUACAGCAAUCACAUGGGUUAGUGUUAGUUUGGAGAUGUUUUUCUUAAACAUGUACAGUGUAAAGGGCCUUAGUGCCUGUCAGUUACCUUGGACUUAUAUGGACUGGUGUCCUUAGCAACAAUGAUGCUGACACCAGCAAAAGUAUAUAAAUGAAAUGCAGGUGAUUACCCUACAGUCAGUUUCUGCUCAAAAUGUACUGGACAUGCAUAUCUCCACAUACUGAAAUGGUCCUGAAAGUUUUAUUGAUGGCAUCAUGUACAUGCAAGAUGUCAUAUAUUGUUUUACAAAUAAGUUUAAAAUUUGUUUGUAUGAGCAGGGCAAGGUGGCUCCCAUGUUGUUGCCCUACUGGGUUAUUACUUAAAAUGUGUGGUGGUGUAUUAGAGUUCAAAUAUUUUUCCGAUGAUGUGUGUGCUACAGUAGUGUUUUUAAAACACGGUUUUCUGGGUCCCUCCGUCUGGUGAUGGUUCUGUAUUCAUGUACAUCAUAUUAAUGACAUGUAGAUUAGACAUACUGUUAAUAAAGACUACUUUGAAGUAAUGAUUUCAAAACACCAUUAUUUUGAUACCAAACCCAGCACUGGAGGGACUUGGGCCAUGUUUUUAUAAUGGUGGUGGUAUUGUACAGUUUUAUUUGGCCUGCAGGUGAUCUUGUAGGCAUGAAGUGGAUCGGUACAGUUUGAGAAACAAAGACAACCAGGUGGCCAUGCUUGAAUAAAAAGAUUUCAAAUUGUUGCUUUACUUUGAUGGAAAGUUUGUGUUGAGCAUUUUUUAUUAUUAUUAUUAUUAUUAUUAUUAUUAUUAUUAUUAUUAUUAUUAUUAUUUUGUUUUGUUUUGUUUUGCUUGUUGCUUGUUGCUUAAGAGAAAAUCUUAUUUUAUCACCAAAAACAUUUGGUACUAUGUGUAUUCAUGCCCAUAUGUACAAAAUAUGUGAAAGAAAAAAUCAUCAAUCAAUAAAGGAAAAGUAAGGUAUUUAAAUAAGUAUGCUCAUUAGUUUCCUAGCUAAGAGAGAAACAUUUUUCUACUUUCACAUGAGCAACCUAUGAAGCUUCAAUGUCAGCAGUUGGCUAACUUAUUUUAUCACAAAGACUGACAGCAUAACAAAAUAGCUAGCAUAGCUCUGUCAUAAGUUAAUAAAAGUAUGUUUACCCAUAUACUGCUGUACUUUGAACAUUUCAAUUUCAUGCAGUUUUAUGCUUCCUUCUCAUUACAUGAGAAGGAAACAUGGGUUUUAAAUGCAACACAUUUAUAAAGAUUAAAACCACGAUUACAACCAUUUUGGUGUCUAAUGUGUUUCAAAGAGUGUGAUAUAGUAGUAAAGGUCAAAUUUCAAGAAUUUAGUACACAAAUAGUUCAAAACUAUAUUUAACCAAGUAUUUUCUGCUUGACAAUCUAUUGGUUGAAACUAGCUGCCAGGCAACAAGCAGACAUUUUAGAGAAAAUUUGCAUCAUUGUUUUCAUUUCCUUUAAAACCCUUUACAUCUAUUGAUGGCAUUGGUCCUUUUCCUCAAUGUCACUUUUUUUCUCUCAAUGACAGUAAUCCAGAAUGGACAAAUAAAGCACUGGCUCUGAAGUUGACCUUUAGUGGUUUUCAGACUAUUGUGGUACCUCUUACGGCAAGGGGAAGCUGCUGUAGGGGGUUUUUAGACUGGGUGCAAACUGCAACAGUGCUUCAUAACAUAAGUAAAGCCUACUUUCUGGACCGUUAAACGAAGGGGACAUGCAUAGCAUAAGUGUAUUGUAAGGGACAAUGUGUUUGACAGUAUAAAUGUGUUUAAGUACAAAAAAUAUUUUUUUCCACAAAGCAGCAUUAUAAAACAUUUCCAGGCUCAAAUGUCUCUGUACUAUUAUAAAUACAAUGAUGCAUCCACAAUUACAUUGUCCACGAAAUGAUGAAGACAGAAUUUAAAUGGUGUCAUAAAGCAAUGAUCUCACAGAAAAGAAAAGACCUUUCUGUUGCAAACAUCUUUGAAAGUUUGCUGCCAUCACUGAUAAUGGCUUCAUUCACCAUCAUCACUGCCUCUCUGUGAGACAGGGAAGCGUACUUCCACACGUCAAAACUUUGUUUUACAGCAUGUUAAACACACCCAAAAACAUGAAACAUAUGCAACACUUUCCCUUUGUUGGUAUAAACAUAUUAGGAAGCCAGCUCUUGUAUUUUCAAGCAUGGCCACUCGGCCUCAGAGGUCAUUUCUGUGGAAGAGCGAACGAAGCAGUUCAUGUGCCAAUUUUAAUCCUAUUUUUUUAAACAUAUUAUUGCUCAGCUGCUGUAAAUUACCUUUUUUCCUAUUGACUCUUCCUUAUGUACAAAUAAUUCUUCUUGAUGAAACAUCCACAGUGGAAAUUGUCUGUUGCAAAGAAACCCACCCCCCAUAUCACAGAACACUUAUGUCUCCCUUUCAUUUUCUUUACUCCAUUACAGCUGAACUUUCUGUUGUCUGACUGAGUUUUGAAGAGUCUGUGCAAUUUUGUACAAAGUGAUGUACUUGACAUACUACUUUAUAUUUCUGUGAAUAAAAUGUGAACAAGC